AUGGCCAUUCAACAAGAGGAUAAGAUCAAUAAAGCAUUUGAAUUGGUUGGAACAUCAUAUGGUAAAAUUAAUCAAAUUUUAUCAAAAUUAUUUACGAGUAUAAUCAAUGAACAAGAAGCUAUUCACCAAAUAGUUCUUGAAAAUAAAAAAAUAGAAAAUAUGUUAAUUGAAGUAUUGAUGUGCUCUUCAACAACAACCCAACAACAUACAACAUCAUCUUUAGGAUCCUUGUGA